CAUUCCCUUUGUUCCUUCCAAGCCUAAGCCUAUCUCUUUCUUCUUCCCCGGCCUUUCACCCAAGAUGAUCACUUUACUAGAUUUCUACCAUGUCAUGACUGCUAUGGUUCCACUUUACGUGGCCAUGACUUUAGCAUAUGGGUCGGUGAAAUGGUGGAAGAUCUUCACUCCCGAUCAGUGCUCCGGCAUCAACCGCUUUGUUGCUCUCUUUGCCGUUCCUCUCCUCUCUUUUCACUUCAUCGCCUCUAACAACCCCUAUGCUAUGAACUUUCGCUUCUUAGCCGCUGAUACGCUCCAAAAGAUUAUCAUUCUUGUAUUACUUGCUGUUUGGAGCAAGGCGAGCAGAAGGGGUUGCUUGGAAUGGACCAUUACCCUUUUCUCACUCUCUACGCUUCCCAACACUUUGGUUAUGGGCAUUCCUUUGCUUAAAGGCAUGUACGGGGAUUUUUCCGGGUGUUUAAUGGUGCAAAUAGUCGUCCUUCAAUGCAUUAUCUGGUACACUUUGAUGCUUUUUUUGUUUGAAUUUAGAGCAGCCAGAAUGCUCAUCUCUGAGAAAUUCCCCGACACUGCUGGCUCUAUUGUCUCAAUCCAUGUCGAUUCGGAUGUCAUGUCACUUGACGGUCGACAGCCUCUUGAAACUGAAGCUGAGAUCAAAGAAGAUGGUAAGCUUCAUGUUACUGUCAGAAAAUCCAAUGCCUCAAGAUCAGAUAUUUUCUCCAGAAGAUCCCAUGGUUUUUCUUCCACAACUCCACGCCCUUCCAAUCUAACCAAUGCUGAGAUAUACUCUUUGCAAUCAUCCAGAGACCCAACACCAAGGGGCUCCAGCUUUAAUCACACUGACUUCUACUCCAUGAUGGCUGGGGGACGAAACUCAAAUUUCGGUGCUGCUGAGGCUUACGGUUUGUCUGCCUCGCGUGGACCAACUCCCAGGCAUUCCAACUAUGAUCAGGAGGAUAAGCCAAAGUUCCAUUACCAGGCGCCAGGUGGUGGCGGUGCAACUCAUUACCCGGUUCCUAAUCCCGGUAUGUUUUCGCCGACCGCUUCUAAAGGUAUCGGUGCUAAUGCAAAUGCAAAGAAGCCUAAUGGUCAUCCCCAGAAAAAGUCUGAAGACGGUGGUAGGGAUCAUCCAGUGUUUGUUUGGAGUUCGAGUGCUUCUCCUGUAUCCGAUGUCUUUGGUGGCCAUCAUCAUGAUCAUGGCGCUACUGACCAUAAAGAAGUCAGAUUGCCUGUCUCCCAAGGGAAAGCUGAAGGGCACAAGGAGAAUCGUGAGGAGUACAUGGAGAGAGAAGACUUGAGCUUUUCCAAGGGAGGAUUGAACGGACCACACUUGAUGAUCAUUACAAGAAAACAGAAAUGUUUGGUUUUUUAUACGUCGGAUUGUGAUAAUGGGGGUAAUGUUUGGAUGGAAAGAACAGGCCUGUUCAUGGCAUUGCAACCAAGGAUCAUAGCAUGUGGGAAUUCCGUUGCAGCUUUUGCGAUGGCCGUGAGAUUCCUUACAGGUCCAGCUGUCAUGGCAGCCGCUUCCAUUGCUGUUGGCCUUCGUGGCGUCCUCUUACGCGUUGCCAUUGUCCAGAAAAAAUGUUUGGUUUUUUAUACGUCGGAUUGUGAUAAUGGGGGUAAUGUUUGGAUGGAAAGAACAGGCCUGUUCAUGGCAUUGCAACCAAGGAUCAUAGCAUGUGGGAAUUCCGUUGCAGCUUUUGCGAUGGCCGUGAGAUUCCUUACAGGUCCAGCUGUCAUGGCAGCCGCUUCCAUUGCUGUUGGCCUUCGUGGCGUCCUCUUACGCGUUGCCAUUGUCCAGGCAGCCCUCCCUCAAGGAAUCGUCCCCUUCGUCUUUGCUAAGGAAUACAGCCUGCACCCUGAUAUUCUCAGCACAGCUGUUAUAUUUGGGAUGCUAAUAGCAUUGCCCAUAACGCUUGUGUAUUACAUUUUAUUGGGGAUAUGAAGGCACAUAUGCCCUUUCGGAGGCCCAAAAGAGCCUCGUUUCCAGAUUUCAAAGGUCAAAGAGCCCGGCACGCAUGACUGCAUGUUGAAUCCCUACUCAAAGCUUAUU